AAAUGGCUCCAUUUUUACGCAAGGGUCGCAGGUAUGUCACUGUCUGAUAAGAUUACCUUCCUUCGACGAAUCGCUCUAUCUCCCCCCUCCCUCCCAUGGCACCGCGCCACCUACCGCCACCACCACAACCCUUUUCUCUCUCUCUCUCUCUAACCAACUUCACAUCAUCAAACCCUAACACUCUUUUCUCAUGAACACUCCCCCUCCUUCACAACCUCUCAACCUCUCAGAAAUGGAAUCAAUCAUUGAUGAACCCUCGUUGACUAAUUCUCUUUGGGAUUGGAACGAUUUACUUGAUUUCAACCUUGAUGAUCAAUUGAACAUCUCUAUUGUCUCCGAUAUUCUUCCUCAGGUAAAUGAUCAAUUGCCUGAUGAUCUUCCUUCCAAUAGUCAGUCUGCUGGAUCUAUUGAUGAUCCUGGGAGGGUUCGGAAGCGUGACCCCAGGUUGACUUGUUCGAAUUAUUUGGCGGGUUUGAUUCCAUGUGCUUGUCCGGAGCUUGAUGCCAAACUUGAUGAAGAAGCGGCUGUUUUACCGGGGAAGAAACGGGCGCGGACUUCGAGACAGUCGCAAGGAUUGGUUAGAUGUCAGGUUCCUGGAUGUGAAGUGGAUAUUAGUGAGCUUAAAGGGUACCAUAAACGUCACCGUGUUUGUCUGCGAUGUGCGAAUGCUUCUUCUGUUGUUUUGGAUGGACAGAACAAGAGAUACUGUCAACAAUGCGGAAAGUUCCACAUCUUGUCAGAUUUUGAUGAAGGGAAACGCAGCUGUCGAAGAAAGCUUGAACGCCACAACAAUAGACGUCGUCGGAAAUCCACUGAUGGAAAAGGUGCAGCUGAAAGAGAAUCCCAAGGGACUACUGCCUCUGCAGAAGAUGCUAACUGUGAUGAUGAGAAUGCAAAAGAAAGCACAUCCUUGAGCGGCCAAACAUCCGAGAAGGAACCUUUACUGGACUCAGAUGAAGGGCAUGUUACAAUAGGUUCAGAUCCUGUUUCCAAUAAUGUUCAGAGUAAUACCGUUACAACAUUCCAGGCACAAGGUGAUGCGAAUGCUGUUGAAGAUAAAGAUGAACCAAAAUGCUUAAAUUCUCCGUCCUGUCUUGACACGAAAAGUGCUUACUCUUCAAUGUGCCCAACUGGUCGGAUCUCAUUCAAGCUAUACGAUUGGAAUCCUGCAGAAUUUCCAAGAAGACUUCGGCAUCAAAUCUUUCAAUGGUUGUCUAGCAUGCCAGUUGAAUUAGAAGGGUACAUCCGUCCUGGAUGUACAAUCUUGACGAUUUUCAUUGCGAUGCCAAAAUUAAUGUGGUUUAAGAUUCUUCAAGAUCCCAUUUUAUCCCUAAGCAACCUUAUUGAUGUACCGAGUAGCAUGCUAGGUGGAAGAGAUGGCAUGCUUGUUUAUCUAGAUGACAUGGUUUUUCGAAUUUCUAAAGAUGGGAUGUCUUUUGUGCAAAUCAAGCUGGAGAAACAGGUGCCAAAGCUUCACUAUGUUCAUCCAACAUGUUUUGAGGCUGGACAGCCGAUGGACUUUGUAGCUUGUGGAAGUAAUCUAUUUCAACCAAAAUUUCGGUUUAAUGUUUCUUUUGCUGGGAAAUAUAUGGCCCACAAAUACUGGUUUACCCCACUUUAUACUUGCACCCAAGGGCAUUCUGAUUUUGAUCAUCAGUUUGUGAGAAUACAUAUCCCUCAUACCCAGCCAAACAGUUUUGGUCCUGCAUUUAUUGAGGUUGAGAAUGAAUCUGGAUUAUCCAACUUCAUUCCAAUUGUAAUUGCUAGCAAAGAAAUUUGUUCCGAGAUGAAGAAAAUGGAGCAAGUAUUUGAAACUUCUGAAACUUUCAAGGGAUCAAAUUUGUUGGCAACUAGUUGCCCAUCAUCUGAUUCAUGCGAUGCUUCUUCAGCUAUAAGACGAGCAUCGUUUUCCCAAUUUGUUGCAGAUGCAGCUUGGUUACUCAAAGAUCCAUCCCUGCAAGAUUCAGAACAGACAUUAGCUUCGUCUCAAAUAGUAAGAUUCAACGGUUUGUUAGAUUUUCUACUAAGCCAGCAGCCCCCAAUUUUGCUGGAGAGAGUGCUGUACAACAUACAGAUUCUAUUAGAUUCGGCAAAGCUGAACGGUGUGGGCACCACAAUUUCUGAUAAUGAUAUGAGACUACUUCAGCGAAACGUAGACACUGCUAGAGAGAUCCUAUCUCUGAAUCAUCCUCAUCAAUAUGCUGGCCCUGUUCAAUAUCAGCAGGAAAUGGAGACAACAAAGUUUGAAGAUAGCAAUGGGACAACUCCGCUUUUGAAUAAGGAGGUUGUAAUGAGUGUGAACUUUGUGAAGGAGCAACAUAGGAAAUCCUGCAGCAGUGUAUUACUUACAGAAAAGUCCUUUGGUUCACGUCCAUUUGUAUUUUUAGUUGCUGCAGCUGUAGUUUGCUUUAGUAUAUGUGCUGUGGUUCUUCAUCCCCAGAAAGUAGGCAGAAUUGCAGUAACCAUCCGCAGAUGCCUGUUUGAAAAUUCCUAGGCAUAAAGAUGAUUUGAACAGGAUGAAGGGAUUUUAUGGUAAUUAUCAUGGGGGGUCGUCGGUCGUGGCACCAUUUUUAUACAAUUUUGGUAAGCGGUUUCUUCCUCAUUAUUUUUAUUAUUUUUCUGGUAAAUUUUGAGGGUUUUCGUGCUCUCUCCAGAAAGGAAGGUGUUGUUGAUCCGUUUCUGCCUUGUAUAUUUGAACCCCACUCUGAAAUUCUUUGUUUCUCUAAUGGCCUAGGUUUUGUUCAUGUUGUAACUCCCCAAUUCAUGUCAUCUCCUAUAAUUUCAUGUAAUGAGUGACCUGUGGUCACUCUGACAGCUGAUCUUGUAAAUUUAUUAACUUUUCAAACAAAGUUCUCCUAUGGAUGUUUCUGUGUCUGUCG